AUGGUUCUCUAUGCUCAAAGGAAAUUUAUCAUUGAGAGAAAUUAUGUCUUGAGUGAUCAUCGGCCUUAUGGUGUGCUAAUAAUGCUUCAAGAUCGAAAAUGGACAGGUUCUUUGGUUAAAUUUACUGGUUUUUUGGAUAGAAUAGUCAAGGAAUUCUAUGCCAAUCUUACUAAUGAAAUUCUUGAACCUAAAUCUCCUCUGUAUUGUAAAGUGUUUGUUAGGGGCCAUUGGUUCUCUUUUUCUCCUCAAGACAUUGCCCAUGUUUUGCAUCUUCCUCUUGAUGACGAGGAUGAUGAUGAUCUUGCCACUCUUGACAAGGAUGCGGUUAUCACUGAAUUAGUAGGGCAAAAAAUGGUAUGGCCAUCUAAUACAGUCAUCUCGGUCUCUAAUCUCACCUACACUUAUGCUGUCCUCCAUAAGUUUGCCACAACUAAUUGGAAACCAACUUCUCACACCGCAACUAUCUCAUUUGACAUGGCCUCGUUUUUGUACAAAGUGGGGACCGGAAUUAGUAUAAACUUGGCUAUGGUCAUCCAUGAUCAAAUCAUGGGAUUUCGAAAAGAAGACUUGGUGGCUCCCACUACUGCUGCUUCCUACAAGGCCUCUGCUCCACCUACUAAAGCCACUGAUGCUCCAUCAACCAAGACAGGCAAGCCCCAAUCUCUGAAGUUUGCCUCAGAUGACAUUCAACAUGCAUCCUCCUCUGUUCCUGCAGAUUCCGGACUUGUUGCUACGGAACUAGCUGCUGUUCGAGCCUCUGUUGAUUCUUUGACUGCUCGAGUGAUGUCGAUGGAAGGACUGCAACGUUCUGUGUUGGAUGCUGUUCAAACUCUGUCCAAGGAUCCAGUUGUUUAG